UAUACGGAACGUCACUUGAAAACGUCAAACAAAAAUAUUACUUGCGUGUUCCGUACAGGCGUGAAUUUUAUAAAAAUUGAUUUUUUAUUUCCAAUCUAAUACUGUGUCAACCACCGAUGGCUGGGAAGCUGAAUAAGUUCGAAACCCCCAGUUCUGCUAGCUCGGAUAGGUAAAAAGCGUGCUAAGUUAGUGCAAUUGUUUGUUUGAACAGCUGUCUCGUGUCAUUAAAUUCCGCAUUUCAUUAUUUUCCAAGUGCUAGUUUAUACUUGCGGUUUUUUUGAAGUGAGUGUGUUUUGAUAAUAACGAGAGUGUCCAGGUUUAAGUUGAACGCCUGCAUUAUAACCUCUCCGGCCGUGCAUUGUGGUUUUUAUUUUUAGACUAUAAUUUAGUUCGUUGGCAGCGGAGUUGUGCGGCACGUGCUUGCAGCUGACGCGAUGGACCCCGCAAUCAUCUUCGCGAAUCCGUAAGAGCAAUCCGUUGACACGGAAUUGGCUUUGGAGCUGGGAGAGCAAGUGUUCUUGGACGAUGAAGACUAUUCUACGAGAGCGCCGGCCUCGCCGACCACGGUCCCGAAUGUUCGCCCGUACCGACCUCCAUCUACAGGAUCAAACAUCCUCAAGUCGCCGCGGGCGCGGCGCGUACGCACAACGUCAAUGUCGCAGUCAAACAAGCGUACGGCUGCCGAAAGCAUAUUACACGCCGAUAGGCGUACCAUAUAUACGGCCGGGCGUCCGCCUUGGUACAACUGUACUGGUGGGCAGGAGGUUGAACCGUUCCUCAUUGGUAUUUGCGGCGCAAGUGCUUCCGGAAAGACUACAGUCGCCGCGAAAAUAAUAGAAUCUCUUAACAUGCCGUGGGUCACUAUUGUCAGCAUGGAUUCCUUCUACAAGGUAUUAAAUGAGAAGCAACACCAAGCUGCGACCCGGAACGAGUAUAAUUUCGACCACCCGGACGCUUUCGACAUGGAACUACUAAGUGGAGUGCUACAGAGACUCAAAGAGGGCAAGAAAGUUGAAGUGCCGAUAUACAACUACGUCACGCAUUCUAGGGAGAAUCGCACUAAAACGAUGUACGGAGCGAACGUGAUAAUCUUCGAAGGCAUCCUAGCCUUCUACAACAGUGACGUUCUCAACAUGUUGGACAUGAAAGUAUUCGUGGACACUGAUGCUGACAUAAGACUCGCUAGGCGACUUAGAAGGGAUAUAGUCCAACGUGGCCGCGACCUAGAAGGCGUCCUCAAACAAUACAUGACGCACGUAAAGCCAGCCUACCAGAGCUACAUCGCGCCCUGCAUGGCCCACGCGGACAUCAUAGUACCAAGGGGAGGAGAGAACAAAGUUGCCAUACAUUUGAUAGUUCAACACGUCCACAAACAACUGCAGCUGAGAGGCUUCAAAGUUCGAGAGAAGCUCGCUAUCGCACAUAUCGGUCAGCCUGUACCAGACUCCCUAUAUCUUCUCAAAGAUACGCCCCAAGUGCAAGGUCUCCACACGUUCAUCCGCAACAAGGACACGCCCCGCGACGAGUUCAUAUUCUACUCCAAACGCCUCAUGAGACUGGUCAUAGAGUUCGCGCUCUCCUUGUUACCCUACUCGGAGAGGACCGUUGAAACACCUCAGGGAUUCUCUUACAAAGGUCGUAAAUGCGACGUGGAGAAAAUCUGUGGCGUUUCCAUCCUCCGAGCCGGCGAGACCAUGGAACAAGCCGUGUGCGACGUCUGCAAAGAUAUCCGUAUAGGCAAGAUACUCAUACAGACCAACCAGGAGACUGAUGAGCCUGAGCUAUACUACCUCCGCCUACCAAAGGACAUAAAGGACUACCGCGUGAUCCUCAUGGACGCCACCGUGGCCACCGGCGCCGCCGCCAUCAUGGCCAUCCGCGUGCUGCUCGACCACGACGUGCCCGAGGACCAUAUCAGUCUAGUUUCAUUGCUCAUGGCGGAAAUUGGUGUUCACUCGAUAGCUUACGCUUUUCCACAGGUAAAAAUCGUGACAUCCGCCCUAGACCCCGAGAUUAACGAGAAGUUCUACGUCCUCCCCGGCAUCGGCAACUUCGGCGACCGCUACUUCGGCACCGAGCCCGCCGACGACGAGCGAGACUGAACCCACUGCCCAGCGCGUAAGGCUGAUUAUUGACUGUACUUGUAUACCCCGUUUAUUUAAAGGUUAGAAUUGUUCUAACCUCAAAAGUAGUGGUAUUAACUUUUUGUUCCGAAAUGCUAAGGUUGCUAUGAUAUCUACAUAUGUGACGUCCCACGGGUAAAGGUACCUUACGGCGGGUGGCGCUUACGCUAUUAUUAACGCCGCUCCAAUAUUAUUGCGGCGCUAUGCGACGUAAGCGCCAGCCGCCAUAAGGUACCUUUUGCCGUGGAACGUCACAUAUUGUGGUAAAAUAAUAUGUAAACUACACUAUAAUUCAGUUCAUAGAUAUAGUGCGAAUUAGCAAAUUAAAAUGGACAUUGCAAUAGAUUUUUAAGUACCUAGUAUUAAGAUAUUAUGACAUGUAAAAUAUUUUUUAUCAAUAAAUGAUCGUAUCGUAUCGUAUAAAAUAGUAGAAAUUAAAUAAAAUGGAACUAAAAAAUUUCCAUACUAAAUUGUUGCCAUGUUUGAGCAUUUUACGUCAAAAUUGUGACAGUUACGUAGGAAGUGGUACCCUCAAUAAUUUUCUACGAUUUCUUGUCGGACUAUAUUCGGAUUUAAUUGUAGAGGAAAAACAUUACCACUAGUUUUGAGGUUAUAAAUUUUCUAAUCUGAAAAAAAAAACGGACUAUAGAUGUAGACAGUACCAUAGGCAAUACUGUUAACUAACUAAAGUCGGACCACGCUAACUCUGCAUGGCAUUAGCACAAAGUGUGGCAACGUCAUCAUCAAUGGCAAAUUUCUAUGAAAAUAUGACGUUUAUAAUGACAUUAUGACAUCUUUGUUCAAUUCAAGUAUGUAUGUGCAAAGUUAGGUUAGACGGACUCUUUUGUUCUUGUAAGUUAUGUGUUCUUAGGGUUCCCUGAAAUUAUACGUUAAUCCUGCUCAGAAUCACGAGCACUAUUGAUUCUACUAGACUAGAAGAAAAAGUAUCCCAAUUUUUCAAAUCUACUAACGCUAUUUGUAUCAUUCUCACCCAAAAGGGUACUUAAUGUUGGUUGUCAAUAAGGCGCUAUUUCCAUAUAGCUUCAAUUUGAUAUCAAGCUUAUCGACAACCGAUAAUGUGGUACCUCUGGGUUGAAAAGGUCACAUUUUUCUAUGAGCACUUGCAUGGAGGUAACAACCUCCUAAGUCCCGAUGUCCUUCUAAAAGGACAUCAUCAAAUCGAAUUUUGAACUAUAACGGAAUAAACAAAAUAUGGACCAUGAUUGUCUGAAAUAAAUGCAUUAUAUUUUUAUUUUAUUUAUUUAUUUUUAUUUAUAAAAGACGGUAUCAAAUUCAAAACUGCAAAAAUUACCCUGGGAAUAAGGGAGGGUAAUGGAACAUCGAAAAUAAUAGAAAUUAAUUGGACCGCUUUUUUGUCCGGGUAGAAUCAAUAGUGCUCGUGAUUCUGAGUAUGAGUAACCUAAAAUUUCUGAGAACACAGAACACAUACACUUACAACAAUAAAAAAAGCCGCUAAAAGUUCUAUUGACGGUCAGUUAACUGUCAAGGGCUACUUGCAUCAUUCACUAAUCCGGGGUUAACCGGUUAAACCUGGAGUUAUCAUGGUUACCAGUACAAUUUGACACUGGGUUAACGGUUUAACCGGUUAACCCCGGGUUAGUGGGAUGGUGCAAGUAGCGCUAAGAGUGUUGUUGUUAAAGUACGCCUAAGCUAACGUUACGUUGACAAAUCCACACUUUGGCCAGUAUAAACCUCAUACUUAAAAAAAUACUAUUGUGGUGGCACUUUCAUACUUUGUUAUUUAUCAAGUCGGUAAAGUUAGCUCGGACUGACUCUAGUACUGUUGCAUUAAAAAAAUAUACGAAAACUUAUUAUCUGCCUGCCUGUUGUAACGUAUGAAAAUCAUCUAUAUUAAGACAAUUCUAAAAUUAAUAAAUAAUGGCUUUUACGUUACAUUUGCAAGAUACGGACUAGAGAAAUUAAAUGUAAGUUAUUACCAUAGAUGGUAAACUUUUGUCCUAAGCAUUAAGAAUUGUCUUUUGUAGAACAUAAUUUAUGUCUAUUCGUAUCAAUGAAAUUUCAAACGCGAAAAGGGUUAUACUGAUGAAUUUGAUCCUAAAUUCAUUUAAUCGCAUGUUGCCCCUUUGGUAAUAUAACUUUUUCAACUUUGUAUUGAUGAAAUAUAAAAAUAUCAUAUAAUCUUACUUAACUGUGUUAGGCAUUGAUGACUGUAUCACUUUGCCUUAAAGUCGAGAUUUCUAUGACAGAUUUGGGAUUAUGUUGUGCCUUGAUAUAAAUAAUGAAAAUAGUUAAAUUUAAAGCAGAACACGCUGGUCCUUGGUUUAAUCAUUAAUUUUUGGUGUUCCGUACAAAACUUUGUUCACGGAACACUAUUUCUAUAAUAUUUUUAAGAACUAUUCGAUAGAUAUGUAUUAACACAUUCUAUGGUCAUAGGAAAGCUGUUCUAUGAUACUGAAUUUUAUAAGUAUCUUCUUCAACCUUUUGUGAUGUUCUCUAAAAAGGACAUUAGGUAUAAUGUUUUUAUUUUCGUCUAAUAUUAACUUUUGUGUAGUCGUCAUUUUGCUAUGGAAGUCUAUGCUGUUUUCGAACACAUAAAUGAAAUGUAACUUGAAAUAUAUAAAUAUAAUUAUAUUUUACAUACUUCAUUGUAGGUUUUUUUUCUAGAAUGGCAAAUGACGUAGAAUCUAGUCCAGAUUGUUACUUAAUAUUUUUAAGAUAUCGUUUUAAUUUAUUGAUUAUUUAUUUCGUGCGUCAAUCCAAAAAGUACUUAAAACUAAAUAAAGAAAUUAACGAAAAGAGAUACAGAUAGUAGUACAAACUAGUUCUUAAUAUAAUUUAUUGAAACUUAUUUAUUUAAUUAUGAAGUCACUGAUGAAGUCAAUGUGAACCAAAGAAUUGGUUGUUCCUAAAUAAAUAUAAAUGAUAACACCGUAAUAUUUGCUAUAUAUUUAGUAAACUAACCUGAAUAAUAUACUAAAACUUUGAAACCAAAAACGAACACAAACUUCCAUAGUAACUUGUCGCAACAUAAACGUUAAACUAAAUAUCGUGUAAAUAGGACUUUGACACACUUAUGAUACUUACGAUAUUGACUUUUUGUAUGUUUAUAACAUUUCAGAAUUAGUUCAAAACAUCGCAUAUAAAUGUACCCUCGUAAGUUCCGAUGUCCUUUAAAAAGGACAAAUUUAAAUCGAAUUUUGAACUUAAGUAUUUGACAUCAGAGAAGGUUCCAAUUAAAACUGCAAACAUGACCCUAGGACCUACGAGGCUUUAGUAGGUAUCAUAUCUAUUCAAUAUCUAUUAAGUUCGGAUAAUAUGUAUUUGUAUAUAUUUUAUUGAACUUAAAAGAUAACAAUUUGCGGUGCAUACAAUAUACUUAAAUAAAACAACUUAGUUCGUGUACUUCCAGUUUUAUACUUCUUAUGAUUUACUUAUUUUUUUAUAUCCAAUACUUAUAUGCAUUAAAUAUUGCGAUUAAAAUGUAAACCUAAAUGUCAAUUUUUUUUAAUACAAAAUGAAGCAAAUUUCCAUUGUAAAGUGUACUAUUAAAAGAACACAUUUUUAAUAUGCACAAAAAAUAUAAUUCCAAACGGGAAAAUGAGAUCCCAUAUCAUUAUUCCAUGUACUGCCACGAUUUUAUAUAUUUGUACUUUUCAGUAUUAUAUUAUAUUUUAUUAAACGCCUAUAUUCCCCAGUUCCUGUGUGUAUAUAUUAUUGUUGUUAUAUCUUACGAUUUGAUAUUAUAUUUAUUUUUAAAUUUAAAACACGUAAAGUCAGUUACGUCCCGCCCGACUGUUUAUUGUACGAUCAAAAUUAAAUGUCCUUUGUAUAGGACGAUUGAUUACCGACUUAUAUAUUUUUAAUGAAUUUAUAGUGUUUUCCAGGUAAUUUGAUUAAAAAAAUAUGUUUUUCUUUUUACGGGCUGGGGCGACAGUAAUACUGGUUGUAUAAUUUGUAUAAUUUCUCAACGCUUACUUAUUGAUAAAUAGUAUGCUUAUUUUUUUAGGUAGUCAUAUUGUUAGAGCUGUGUACGCCGAAGCAUUUUUUUGUUAAAAAAUAUUGCACAGUGUGUGUAGCAUCGCGAUUUAAGUGUAAAAAAAAUGCUUAGAUCGAGUAAAAAAUGCCGCAUACAUAAAAAUGGCAGCAUAAAAUAAUACUGCAAAUAUGAAGCAACAAAUACAGUCGUUUUUUUUCACUUAAUUCGCGAGAUUUAAAUCGAAUCGGGGCUUGCCUCUGCACAAGUACUUAAAUAAGUCUGUGUAAAUAAAUAUUAUGAAAAAUACAAAAAAAUAUAUGUAUAUCAAAAGUGAGAGUAAAUCCACUGAAUUAUA